GCGCGGAGGCGGGAGGCACAGAACCCAAUCGCUGAUCCCCCGGCCGCGGCGCCGCCUCCGCCAUUGCUGUGCGCGGGAGCGGGCGACGCGGAGCCUCGGAGCGCGCUUGAAGCCCAGAUCUGCCGGAGCCAGGCGUGGGGCCGCAGCCUCGUGUCUUUCGCAGCCAUGGUGAAGUUGGGGAACAAUUUCGCAGAGAAGGGCACAAAGCAGCCACUGCUGGAGGAUGGCUUCGACACCAUUCCUCUGAUGACGCCCCUCGAUGUCAACCAGCUGCAGUUCCCACCCCCAGAUAAGGUCGUUGUGAAAACUAAGACCGAAUAUGAACCCGACCGCAAGAAAGGAAAAGCGCGUCCUCCCAAGAUAGCCGAGUUCACCGUCAGCAUCACCGAGGGUGUCACCGAGAGGUUUAAGGUCUCCGUGCUGGUCCUCUUUGCCCUGGCCUUCCUCACCUGUGUCGUCUUCCUGGUUGUCUACAAAGUGUACAAGUAUGACCGUGCGUGCCCUGAUGGGUUUGUCUUGAAGAAUACCCAGUGCAUCCCAGAAGGCUUGGAGAGCUACUACACGGAGCAAGACUCCAGUGCCCGGGAGAAAUUUUACACUGUCAUAAAUCACUACAACCUGGCCAAGCAGAGCAUCACGCGCUCAGUGUCACCGUGGAUGUCAGUUCUGUCAGAAGAGAAACUGUCGGAACAGGAGACCGAAGCUGCAGAGAAGUCAGCUUAGCAAGAGGGGCAGGUUCCUUACAAUGUGUCACUUGAAGGCAACAAAGGGACUUUGAGGGACAUUUCAUUAAAUAUAAUUACCGAUAAUUUAGAGAUUACUCAUUUACGGUGCAAUUGCUUCUGUUUGCUAAUGCUGCUUUGCAAAUAAAACUUGCUGCGGACCACCCACAGGCAUAAGAAAAGCACUGCUUAGAGAGCUUGAUGCCACUGUCCAUGCCGAGGAGUCGCCAUUUAGCUCCUUCACUGGGACUCACUGGAUACUGUCAAGAGGUAAUUCACCCUGGCUAUGCCAGGGCUCCGGCCAUCAGAACAGUGCAUUUGGUGGUUUCGUUUUCUUUUAUGCCCCUUUGCUAUUUGCAGACCUUACUCCACACAUAGAGUGACCCCACGCUCUGCUGACUGCGGUGUGGAUGCACUGCUAAGCGGCGCAGAGGAGGGAAGGUGUGCACCACGACACACGCAGCCCUGCCAGGGCAGUUCUGGGAGGUUCUCUUUGCUAUGUCCCCUGCGCAGAACACGAGGAUGGGGUGGGGAGGAGCUGGCUCUGGGCCAGGGGGUUGCCGAGCCUGUGAUCCUGUGGGUGGGCUGUCUGCUGGUGAUGUGCUAGAUAGGAAGAAAGCCCACUGGCUUGUUCCUUUCCUGUUAUGAUAUAUUUGCACGUACAGCCCUGAAUGCAGGUGCAGUUUUGGUUUUUUGUUUUAUUAGCCAGUGGGCAAAGUGAAAAUGUAAUUUUGGGUAAGCCAGGGCUUCUUUAGCUUUUAUUCUGUGAACAGAUGUGACUCCUGUGCUGUGGGAAGGGGGCAGGACGGCUGGUGGGGGGCUGAUGUGGCACCUUGAAAAUAGAAUAUCUAAGUCCACAAUCUUUGUAAGAAAAGUAUGUUUAUGUUUCAAUUUGAAUCUUGACAUUAAAGUAUAUGUUUACAAAAUCACCAGUAGGUAAACUAAAUGUGUAAGACAAUUAAAUAGAAAAAGCUAUUCCUGA